CCGUUGUAAGACUUGUUGAGGCAUAGCCCGGCUGUCAAGUGCUUGGGGUGGUCUGUCCUUGGCCUCUACAAGCUCACUCAGCGCAACAAUGGCGGCGGAGAUACCUAGGAGUCUGCUCGUGCAGCUCCGGACCGCUUUGGAGGAUACACCGGUAGGAAGCUACAUUCCCGAAUCAUCAUGGGCCCUCGUCUGGUCAGCCCUCGCCGCGCUGGCCGUCUGGUACAUGGCGAGCCGCGAAGACCAGCCGAUCCGCUACACGAUUCCUCCCGCCAACUUCCCCAAAGAGGAGAACAUCCUUGAGAACCCCUCAAUCAAAGUCUCGGGUACCUCGGCGAUCCAAUGCUACGCCCCUGCCACCGGCCAAUUCCUCGGCUUCGUCAACCCCUCGACCCCCGAAGGCAUCGACCGCGCCAUCGACCAAGCCCACGCCGCCCAGACCGAAUGGGCCAAGACCACCUUCCGCCAGCGACGCGCCGUCCUCCGUUCCCUGCUCCAAUACGUGCUCGACAACCAGGAGGAGAUCUGCAGGGUGGCUUGUCUCGACAGCGGCAAGACCAUGGUGGACGCCCAGCUGGGCGAGAUCCUGGUUACGGCCGAGAAGCUGCAGUGGACUAUCAAGCAUGGCGAGAAGGCGCUACGCCCGGAAUCGAGGCCUACGAACCUGUUGAUGGCGUAUAAGAGGAACACGGUGCACUACGAGCCGCUGGGCGUGGUUGCUGCGCUGGUGAGCUGGAACUACCCGUUUCACAACUUGAUCGGACCGGUGAUUAGCGCGCUGUUUGCAGGCAACGGGAUUGUAGUCAAGGUAUCGGAGCAGACGGCGUGGAGCUCGCAAUGGUUUACGAGUGUGAUCAGGGGCGCGUUGGUUGCGCAUGGUCAUAACCCUGCGCUUGUUCAAACCGUAGUCUGCUGGCCCCAAACAGCCAACCACAUCACCUCCCACCCCAAGAUUAGCCACAUCACUUUCAUCGGCUCCCAGCCCGUCUGCAAGAAAGUCGCCGAAUCGGCCUCCAAGGCCCUUAUCCCCGUUCUCGCCGAGCUCGGCGGCAAAGACGCCUCCAUCAUCCUCGCCUCGGCCCCCAAGUCCGACCUCCCUCGCAUCGUCAACACGCUCAUGCGCGGCACCUUCCAAGCCUCCGGGCAGAACUGCAUCGGCAUCGAGCGCAUCGUCGUCGCCCCCCAACACUACGACACCCUCCUCUCCAUGCUCACCCCGCGCGUGCGCGCUCUUCGUCUGGGUCCGACCGCCGACGUGGGCGCCAUGAUCUCCGAUACCGCUUUCGCUCGUCUCGAAGGCCUGGUCGCUGACGCCGCCAAGCAAGGCGCUAGACUCCUAGCCGGCGGCAAGCGGUACGCACACCCUGAAUACCCAAGCGGUCAUUACUUUGUGCCUACCCUUCUCGUAGACGUCACGCCAGACAUGGCUAUCGCGCAAGAAGAGUGUUUCGGGCCCAUUAUGGUGGUGUUGCGCGCCGCUUCGUCCUCGGCGGAGGACAUACUCGCCGUCGCCAACGCGCCCGACUUUGGCUUGGGCAGCUCCGUGUUCGGAUCGGAAUGGGAUUCUACGCUGCACGAGGUGGUCAGGGGAUUGAAGGCGGGUAUGGUAGCCGUCAACGAUUUCGGAGCUACGUAUGCGGUGCAGCUUCCCUUUGGAGGCGUGGCGGGGUCGGGAUAUGGAAGGUUUGCGGGUGAGGAAGGACUGCGGGGGUUGUGUAAUAUCAAGGCGGUUUGUGAGGAUCGGUUUGGGUGGCUGGGUGUGAGGACGGCGAUACCGCGGCCGAUGCAGUAUCCGGUUCCUGAUCAGGAGCGGAGCUGGAGGUUUGCGAGGGGCGUGGUGGAGGUUGGAUAUGGGAUGGGCUUGGGGAGGAAGGUGGGUGGGGUGGUGGGGAUUUUGAGUAAUAGCUAGGAUCGGGUGUCGAUAUGUAUGUAGGUGGAAGGGCAGACGUUGGUGAUGCUAUACUUGGAUUAUCUCUAGACGGGAGUGGUUCUGUGGGAUAACGGCCCAGUAUGUAUAUACCGUAGAUCUUACGCCCGUUCGGAUGAAGAGAGAAGAGGAUACAGUAGUGUAGUAAAUAAUACCUAAUGCAUAAGACGAAUCCUCUGG